AUGAGGUUUCAGCACAAAUUGGGUUUCUUCUGUAUUCUUAUUCUUGUUUCACCACUUUUCACUUCAUCCCAAGAACAUGUGAAAGGUGUAAGCAAUCGCAAAGAACAAAUUCAUAAGAAGCAGAUGAGUCGUAAACUAUUGUUCGAGGUUAAGCUUCAUGGGUUCCUACUUUGGGCUUCAAUGGGGUUCUUGAUGCCGGUAGGACUACUUGCCAUUAGAAUGUCACACAGAGUGCAUUGUAGAAGAAGACUCAGAAUUCUAUUCUAUGUUCAUGCUUUAUCAGAGAUACUCUCUCUACUUCUUUCAACAGCAGGAGCUGUAAUGUCCUUCAGAAACUUCAACAACUCCUUCAACAAUAAGCACCAAAGGCUUGGGGUUGGCCUCUAUGGUCUGAUAUGGCUGCAAGCUCUAAUUGGCAUUGUAAGGCCACAAAGGGAUUCCAGGGGAAGAAGAAUGUGGUUUUUGGUGCAUUGGAUACUUGGAACUGCAUUAUCUGUGCUUGGGGUACUCAACAUAUACACAGGUUUAGUAGCCUACCAUGAGAAGACAUCAAAAGGCAUAAAGUUUUGGAUCAUAGUUUUCACAGCUGAAGUCUGUUUCAUUACCUUCUUCUACCUGUUCCAAGAGAAAUGGGAUUAUAUACAAAAGAAAGGUGUGACUUUGGGCAAUGAAUCAAAAAGGGCUACCAUAAAUCAAGUGGUUUUGCCAAGAGACAAGCAAAAAGAAGUUGCACUGGCAGAGACUUGUUAA